CUUUCCUCAGUCGGGAGUCGAUCUCAAGUCGGGAAGGCGAAAUCCGGGCGCCAUCGCAACGUUCCAUUCUCGGGUUAAAGUCCGCAUCUUUGAACGUUGAAAUGCGUGUCGUCCUCUUCGCAUGCGGUGUUUCAAAUCCCCCGACUCCUUCUUCGCGUUCCUCUUCGCGCUUCUAGCUCUCUCCUUCUACUUCUUCGACCCGCAUCGGCCCGCGUCUCUUUUUCGGGAAAUGGCUGAGGAGUCGUCCAAGUCCAUCUGCGAUUUCACUGUCAAGGACAUUCGUGGAAACGAUGUAAGCUUGAGCGAGUACUCUGGGAAGGUUCUUCUGAUUGUCAAUGUUGCUUCAAAAUGUGGUCUCACACAAUCAAAUUACAAGGAAUUGAACACUUUGUAUGAAAAAUACAAGGAUCAAGGAUUUGAAAUACUGGCAUUUCCAUGCAACCAGUUUGCAGGACAAGAGCCAGGGAGUAAUGAAGAGAUUCAAGAGACUGCAUGCACUAUGUUCAAGGCUGAAUUCCCUAUAUUCGACAAGGUUGAGGUGAAUGGCAAGAAUGCAGCCCCACUCUACAAGUUCUUAAAGUCUCAGAAAGGAGGGAUAUUUGGAGAUGGCAUCAAAUGGAACUUUACAAAGUUUCUGGUGAACAGAGAAGGGAAAGUUGUGGAUAGAUAUGCUCCUACUACAUCACCUCUCAAAAUUGAGAAAGAUAUCCAAAAUCUCUUGGGAUCAUCUUGAGCAAUAGAGGGGCAAAGGACGUGUUGGAAGCUUCUUGGAGUAAUCAUCCAGACAUGCUGGGAUAUUGCAAUUGACUUUGGUUUAACUUGUGUCCUAUUUGGUUGUUCUGCACAAUUUGAUGUAUUUGCUUCCUGUUAUUGUAAUAGACAAUAAUGAUCUCGAUAAUGCUCUGUUCUGUAUUUUCAUGUGUU